AUGUCUGAAAUUCUACCCCUUCUUUAUCUCGGCAAUCGUCUAAAUGCAUCGUGUGAUCAACAGCUUAAAGAUAAUCGAAUCAUGGCAAUUUUAUCAAUUCACGAUCGCCGAAAUUCUGAAAGAAAUCCAUGUGUUGAGAAUUUCAAACAUAUUGAAAUCUCUGAUACUGUUGAUGCGGACAUUUCGAGUAAAUUUGCCGAAGCCAUCGAAUUCGUUCAUUGCGAACGUCUCAGAAACCAUGCCGUUCUCGUUCACUGUCUAAUGGGACAAUCCAGAAGUGCCACUGUGGUUGCGGCUUAUGUCGCGACGUUGCAUGGACUCGAUGGGUCCACAGCUUUACAGUUCGUCCGGAAUCGACGGAAACAAGCAAAUCCGAAUGUUGGAUUUAUAAUGCAAUUAAAUCGAUUUACCAAAAAUGAAUCAAAAACUCUUCAAAAUCGACUGCUUUCUUAUGCCGAUUGCGCUCAAUUAAUCUCAAAAGACAAAGAAAUAAUCAACAAAUAUUGCCCAUUUUCCCUACCAUAA